AUGGGGUCUCACCGGAAAAGACUGCUUGCGACAACGGUCGACGAUCGUGCUAAAACCAAUCCUAGCCAACGCUUUGCAGUUAUUCCACAGGGAUUGGAAAUAAGCGAUGGAUUCCAAGACCUUUCAAUCAAAGACCUGGCACAGGCCGUGAACUUCAUGUGUUGGUGGAUUGAAAGCAACAUCGGACCGGCACAAUAUCCAGAGACAUUGGCCUAUAUGGGGAGUAAUGAUGUGCGGUUUUUCGUGUUUAUGCUUGCAUGCCAGAAGACUGGAUACCAGGCCUUCUUGCCUUCUACUAGGAACUCGGACGAAGUCUAUGUUCAUCUACUGAAGGCGACAAACUGCACCAAGUUCUUCUUCAGCGAGGAGCGCCAACAACGAACCCUGGAGGUCCAGGGACUUGUUUCGGUAUUGGAUAUCUACCAGGUCCCGACUAUGAAGGAAAUUCUCAGUGACGAGAGGGGCCUGCAACACUAUCCAUAUACCAAGUCUUAUGCCGAUGCAGAGAAUGACACAAUGUGCAUCAUUCAUAGCUCUGGAACGACAGCUAUGCCAAAGCCGGUAUACCUCACCAACGGCUUCUUCAUGACCAUCGAUUCUCAUUCUCACCUCGCAAAGCCGCCAGGUCGUCAGCGAUCUCUCUACUACGAUAUGGAUCAAACCGAGCUGGUGAUGGGUACGACGCCUUUCUUCCAUCUACUGGGGCUGCUUCCAUUGUUGUUCUCAGUGUGGGUCGAGGUUCCCAUCCUCAUUGGCCCAGAUAAGCCAUUCUCUGUCGACCAUAUGAUAGAGUUGAUGCAAACUGCCCAUCCCACAGUCGUAGUCGGCUCACCUUCGAUCCUGGACGAUCUGAGCAACUCCGACAAAGCACUGGAUUGUUUGAGAGAACUCAAGUCAAUUUACUUUGGCGGUGCAGCUCUGCCUGUAGAGACUGGAGAGCGACUGCGCAGGUAUACGCAGAUGGGAAUGAUCAUAGGAACCAGUGAGGUCGGCGUGAUCCCAGCGUUGAUACCGGAGGAUCCAGCCAACUGGGGCUACCUCGAAUGGAGUGAAGAAUUUGGCCUGGAGAUGCAUGAUGUCGGCGAGGGUGUAUUCGAGAUGAUAAUUCCUCGGCAGGAGAAUGCUCGUGACAUUCAGGGAAUUUUUCAUACAUUCCCCGACAUUAAUGUGUAUCCAACCAACGAUCUUUAUACACCACACCCGACGAACCCGCGUCUGUGGAGAUUCCAUGGGCGUAAGGAUGAUGUGGUUGUCCUAAGCAACGGCGAGAAGUUCAAUCCUGUUGGGAUGGAGGUUAUCAUUGAAGGGCACCCGCUGGUUGGAAAGGCGGUGGUAGUCGGCGAGUCCCGGUUCCAGGCCGGGCUGCUCGUCGAGCCGAAUCAUGGAGGACGGGAAAUGGAUGAGAAGGUUUUUGUUGAUGAAAUCUGGCCGACAGUACAAGUGGCUAACCAGGGCAUUGCGGCUCAUGGCCGGGUGAUGAAGAACAAGAUCUGGUUCGCAGAGAAGACGAAGCCAUUUAAGACGACUCCUAAAGGAACUAUACAGCGUCGGGCUGUGCUUCGAGACUACGAGAAAGAGAUUUCUGCAAUGUAUGCUGAAGACCUCGAGGAUGACUUGGACCAAUGUCUGCCAGAGACGUUAAACCGUGAGAGUGUCACAGAGUGUAUUCGCCAGAUUAUUACUCGUGUUUUGGAGAAGCCCAAGAUUGCAGACACUCACGACUUUUACUCUGCCGGUCUUGAUUCUCUGAUGACCAUUCAUGUCGCUCGGGCGCUGCAAAAAGGCAUCCAGUUACGUCGGCCGAAGGUGAAAGCAGGAGCCAUCAACGCCCAAACGAUCUAUGGAAACCCAACAAUCGACCGAUUGUCUCGAGUUGUAAUGGCCAUCCUCGGUGGAAAACCCCAUGCUAGUAUCCCGCGAGCUGAAAAGAUCCAGAGUCUUGUGGAAAAGUAUACGUCCGAUCUUCCAGCGCGGGAAGUCUACCCUCAGAAUGUAUUGCAUUCGCCUUCAACUGUGAUACUGACUGGUUCAACUGGCUCACUGGGAACUUAUCUACUGUAUUCUCUGCUGAAAAGCGAUUCCAUCACUAAAGUCUACUGCCUCAAUCGCUCAGAUGCCGAAUUACGUCAGAAGCAAGGCUUCGAAGAGAAAGGACUGCACCUUGACGCCAACGACUGGAAAGACAAGGUCGAAUUCCUCCAAGUGUCAUUCGGAGAACCACGAUUCGGGCUGCAGGAGUCCAAGUACGAAGAACUUCUCGACUCCGUUGACACCAUCAUCCACAACGCCUGGAAAGUCGAUUUCAACCAUUCCGUCGAUUCCUUCGAGGACACUCACAUCCAGGGUGUGCGACGCUUUAUCGACUUUUGCUUGAGCAGCCGCACCAACGCUCAUCUUCACUUCAUCUCCUCAAUCGGCACGGUAGGCGCUUGGGCCCCAGAAAUGGGAGCUUCGAUUCCAGAAGUACCAAUAGAGGACAUUGCAGUCGUUCUCCCACAAGGCUACGGCGAAUCCAAGUACGUUGCCGAGCGCAUUUGUCUCGAGGCCUCGCAACGAUCUCACGUCCCUACGUCGGUGUAUCGCGUCGGACAGAUCGCCGGACCGACCACGGCGCGCGGACAAUGGAAUCCGCAGGAAUGGCUACCGACGAUCAUUGCGACGUCGAAAGCGAUGGGUAAAAUCCCUAACCGACUUGGCUCGACCGCGGUCGAUUGGGUGCCAGUGGACACUCUAUCGAAUAUUAUAGUGGAAAUCGUUAACACACGUCAUAUCUCCGAAGAGCGUUGGGCCGUGUUUCAUCUCACGAAUCCUGAACGAGCACCAUGGUCGUCCUUGAUCCCGGCUAUCCAGAACCAGUAUCCGGUCGAGCCAGUUCCGUUUUCCGCGUGGGUUGCCGAGCUAGAAAGUAUAACUAGCCCUAAUAGUGCGGAUAUUGCUUCGAAACCCGCACUCAAGUUGCUGGGUUUCUACCGUGGGAUCCAGAGCGAGGACAGUGCUUUGUCUGUGGCGCUGGAUGUCCGACGGGCGAGAGAGGCAAGUGUCAGCAUGAGAACUCUCGGCCCGGUCUCUCCCUCGCUCAUACGAAAUUGGAUACAGCAAUGGCAAUUUUAA